AAAAAAUAAAUUCAAAAGUAAAUGUUUGACUAUAUCUUUAGCUUUGGGAAGAUUUUAGGUACCCCCAUCUGAAAAAAUAUUACAUUUAUUUCAUUUUUAUUUAUUAAAUUAAAUUAAUUUCGUUAGUAGUUUCUUGCCACACUAAAUAACGCUCUCUUGUUGAAAGUAAUCACAGCUUGUAUGUUUGUCGACUCCAACUCAACCAGCUCGACAGAACGAGACAACCUCCCCCAUGUAAAAACUGUUUUCUGCAAUGGGCCACUUAACUGCCCCAUAAGGUGUGGUUCAGGAGCCCAUCACAGAUCCAGCCUCAAUGAGGUGCCUAUGGGGGAGAGCCAUUAAGAGCCAUUGUAACUGUGAAUGGUGAGGAAGGCAGCCAUAGGCCACCCGAUCAAGAUAUGUGGGGAGAGAGGCAGUGGUCGUCAGCAGGGUGUCAAAAGCAAUCAAAAGGCCAUUGGACAGGUUUUAUAAAGCGAAUGGGGCGCAGGGAAGAGGUCACAUACUUAUAUAUCCACUACUACACUGUAAACGUAAAAAUAGGGCACAAUAUAUUAAAUAAAGAAAUUCCCGAAUAUUUUUUACUGCUGUUUCACCUGUAUUAAAAUGUUGCAUUGCAUUGUGCUUUAGCGUUAACAGAAAUGUCCAUAAAAUUAAGGGCUAAUGUGCUGGCAGAAAAUGACCAGUACAUUCAUUUUAUAAAAAAGAUUUGACAAUCACUUGUUUAAACGUUGUCUCAAGUAAACAUAUUUGCACUCAAGGAACGUGGUGCAGCCCAGAUGUGUAUUAAAUGAAUCACUUAAAUUCCCCAAAAUCACUACAUUAUUUCUAAUGUACUAGUUACGUAAUAAUUGUGUUUCCACAAUACCAAUAUUUGUUUUUUUCCACAUUUUGCUGCUUUGCUCGAUGUUCAGACUCCUGCUAACAAUAUAGCAGUUAGCACUGAAAUAAUGCACAUUUAUGGCACUGAUGAGAUUCCUAUCCAGAUAGUCUAGAAGAAACACUUCUAGACUUAAAAUAAGAUCAUAUUUGAUCUUAAUAUGAAGAUAAAAUGUUUUGUAAAAAAAUAGAAAUAAAACAGGAGUCCUUGUAUAGAUGCAUGCAGAAGUUUUGUGAAAUGCUUUUUGUCAGACUUGUUUCCUUCCUCUUUAGAUUUUGAUCUUCAAGAACUUAGCGCUUCAUGCACCUAAGCAUCAGGUGUAAACAAGGGUGGGGUGCAGCUGUCUCUCCAUAUAACCCGAGAAUCAACUUAAUGCAAAAGCACCAUCAAUCUAAAAAAAUCGUGUUAUAUAGAAGUUAUGUAGAACCAAUCCCAGUUUUUUUAUGUCUUAUCUGAAGACAUAGGGUGCACACGCACUCAAGUCAGACCCUUCUAAAAAGCAACCUGGGAGUGUUUUGGGCCUAAAUCCUGUUUCAGCCGCCCAGUGACAUCACUUUCUUCUCCUCAUGUCUGUACUUUACAUAACAAUUCCCAUCCAAGUCCAUGGGCCAGCACAAUGCCUGCAGCAGUGGUUUGAUGUCUUUUAAAACCUUUGACUGGCCCCCGAGGCCUCCUGUGUGUCUUUUCCUCAGCUUUGUAACCGGGCGAGAUGGAGACCUCAGAUGUGACCUAUAGCUCUUGGUCUGCUGGAGUGUGUUUGAAGGCAGGGGGUUGAUUGUUCUAGAUUUGAGUUCGCUGCUUGUACUGAUGGUGCUUGGCGGGUGUGUGUGUGUGAUGGCCUGGGUGGGUGGUAGCGGGCUUCAGAGGGAUUAGACGUAUAGGUAAAAAGGCAGGUUAAACAGUGUAUGUGCGAAAUACAUUAUAGGUGACCUUACCAACCUGUACCACGUGUCCAUAACUUUUUGCAAGUGUUUGUAAUUUAUGAAGACCUUCUUUCAUUAUAGUGUGUGGUCAUGUUAAUGCAGGAUAAAAUUGCAAUAGUAUCACUGAAACUUUUUCUGGCGUUUGUUUCGGGGGAGGGGGUAGGGUCUGAAUCAAAGGGUUGCGACUUAUUGUUCAGAACUGAAAGGCAGCUAAUGGCCGGCCAUCGCAACUCUGAAUCUGGAAGCUGCGGGGUGCCCCGGGCUCUUCUUGCACAAUACCUCCCCCAUCUACUUUCCUGUGGCGCGUCUUCCUGCCGCAAUCUGCACCGAUCGCCUCUGUCGGGGGGCGCACAGCUGUAUCGAUGCGUCUGUGGCUCUUCUCCAAACCAAACCUGAAAACCUACUUUAUUCCGAAGUGAAUGAACCCAGCGCGCCACUGGAUGGAUAGAUGCUAUUCCUAGGCAGAAAUUGCUGCGUGCGCACUAUAACUGUCUGAUAUUGAUACCAUUUAAUUAUUUUAAUUCAUGUCAGUUAGCUUUGUGAUUAUGUGAACGCCAAUUUAUUUUACGUACCAGCUGUUUUUACGCAUUACACAUUAUUAUUAAUCUGUUAAAAACACGUUGAUUUUGUGUAGCCUACGUUAAAAAUGCAGUGAAUUGACAAAAGUUAGUUCACCUUCACCUCAGUAUCUUUUCUUAAGCGGCGUGUAAGUGGGAGAUGUGACGCUUGUAAUCCAAUUGCUUAUCGGCAACCGCUGCGAUAUCAAAGACAAACAUUUCACCUCGUCGCUCUUAUAGACAAAUAAACACAUAAAAACAGGUGAUCUGUUAAAAGCUAGACAGUACUGUGUUUAGAGAAUACAUUUUUGUUCAUCAGUUGAUCCAGUUUGUUUACGAUCCAAUUUGUUACACAAAUUCACAAAUUUGUUAAGUUAUACAUAUACGUUUCAAAGCUAUAGAGUUUGAAUAACUGUUCACUUAUUUACAAUAAAGUUGGUCACUUUCCCACGGAUGUCCAACAAUGUCAAUUUAAAGGCGCAUUAAGUGGAGAUUACUGAAAUAAAUGUUUAUAUUCAUGAUUACUUAAUGUGACGUGAAUAUAAAACACACGCAGCCUACUGUGACUAUGUAUCAACUGGGGGCCUAUUUGCAUUGUAAACACUAUGAAAUGACUUGCACAUGCAUAUCACAAGGGAUAACAGGGUGUUAGCCUAUUUAAAAACAUGAAUUUUACUUAUGGGCAACACUUUUGGAAGAAAUAUGUUGUCAUUUGUGCACUUUUAGAAAUCAUCCAAUGCAAAAAUACGUAGAGAAUCUCCACACAUUCCCAAACGUGUCCUCACCCAAUGAGCAAACCAAGUUCAUUCACAAAUUCACCGUCAGCUGUGGCUUAUUGUCUCAGGUGACCAAUAGGAGAGGAGAUGGCUAAGACCCCAGCCUCCAUCUUCAAUUGAUUAGGAAAACCGGUGUAGGACAGGGCCAGAUUUGAGCUUUGGAAGUUGGUGAUCUUCUGGCCUAAUUGAUGGCCGUCACAGGCGCACCAGCAAGAAUUGCGCACGUUUCCACAUAGUCUAAUAUUGAAGCGCGCGUACUGAGGAGAGGACAUUUCGUGCCAUUCAUUAAAGCUUGCGUUUGUAACAUUUACAAGCACGGUUUGGCAUGGAGCCAUUGAUCGCCGUUUAUUGAUUACCAGACUAGCAUCGACGUUUUCUUGCCUGAAGUUUAAAGCGAUUUGUUUGAGAACAUGACGGAGCGUCUCCACAGCCCGAAUGGAGCGGACUGCAGCAGCCGACCGUACGAGAUUAACAGGGCCAUGUAUUCUCAAACCCCAGGCAUGGAUGGACUUUGCGGCGCGUCGUUACAGUUCGCGCACGGCAUGCUUCAGGAUCCGAGUCUGCUUUUUAACAAGACCCAUUUCAAUGGCGUCAACCCUCCGCCGCCGCAGAGUUUCUUCCCAUUUUCAGGCGAUUUUAAGUCUAAUGAUUUACAAACUGCUGAUUUUAUGCAGCCCAGACCCUGGUACCCAUUUGCGGCACCCGAGUUCACCGGCCAGGUCGCUGGGGUCACCACAGCCGCCCAGCCAGCAAACAUCAGCCCACCUAUCGCUGAAACGAGGGAGCAAAUCAAGAUGCCUUCUGAGGUCAAAACGGAGAAAGAUGUCGAUGAGUACGCCAACGAAGACAACAAACCUCCAUCACAAUUUAAUCACCCCCCUGGGACAUCAUCUGUGGCCACCGGAAUGUACUAUUCCACACCAUGGAACCCUUCCUUUUGGCCCGGCCUGCCUCAUAUCACGGCCCCUGCUAAUAUUUCUCAAGCUCCUCCGACACCCACGGCAUCAUCUCCAUCUCUAUCACCAUCUCCACCGGGGAAUGGCUUCGGAAGUCCGGGAUUUUUCAACGGGGGCUCUGCGCAAAACAUGGCCUCUGGCCAGGCGCAAACUGCUCCGCGAAGUAGCGGAUCGUCCAGUGGAGGGUGCAGUGAUUCCGAGGAAGAGGAGAAUCUAACUACAGAGAAUUUGGAGCAGUUUGCUAAAGAACUGAAACACAAGCGCAUCACGCUGGGUUUUACGCAGGCAGACGUUGGACUCGCUCUGGGAAACCUGUAUGGAAAAAUGUUCAGCCAGACAACCAUUUGUCGUUUUGAGGCGCUUCAGCUUAGUUUCAAGAACAUGUGCAAAUUAAAACCAUUACUACAGAGGUGGCUAAACGAGGCUGAAAACUCAGAAAAUCCACAAGAUAUGUACAAGAUUGAACGGGUUUUUGUUGACACAAGAAAAAGGAAGCGGAGAACCAGUUUGGAAGGCACAGUCCGCUCUGCUCUCGAGUCGUACUUCGUGAAAUGCCCUAAACCCAACACUCUGGAGAUAACACACAUAUCCGAUGACCUAGGCCUGGAAAGAGAUGUGGUACGCGUGUGGUUCUGCAAUCGUAGACAAAAGGGAAAGCGCCUGGCGCUGCCCUUCGAUGACGAGUGCGGUGAUGGUCAGUACUACGAGCAGAGCCCUCCACCUCCCCCCAACAUGGGUGGCACAGUUCUCCCAGGGCAAGGCUAUCCCGGACCAGCCCAUCCUGGAGGAGCCCAUGCCCUAUACAUGCCAACCCUGCACCGACCGGAGGUCUUUAAAAAUGCCCUGCACCCCGGGCUGGUGGGUCAUCUCACCAGUUAAACUAACCAGCUCUCCACCCAUCUUUGUCUAAACACCUGCGUCACAUUCCUUGGGUCCAGAAGACCUUGAAAGUUGCAUGCCAACGAUGAAUUGCUGUUUAUAGAAAACCAAAUAGCAGAUUUAUUUUUAUGUACAUUCCAUGUUUAAUUGGUUAUUUUCUAAUGUGCCUUGGGACACUCUGUGUCUGGUUUAGGCUGUGCCUAUGCACAAUAGCAGCCUGAUGGGUCUUUUUUUUUUAAUGGAUGAUUCGUUAAACAAUGUGUUUGCACAAGUUCAAAUAUAAUUUUAUAGUUGUUUUUAUGACUUCUUACUGCUCAUGUUACAUUUUUAAUGUACAUAAUGUUUGUCUCUAUAGUUCCAAAUUUGGCGACCUCAAAGUUUUCAUGUUUCUGUGUAAUUCUAAAUGCAUAAAUGUGUUAACGGGCAGCAAAUUCAGGUCUUUGUAUUUUGACUAAGGAGAUGGAUUUAUUUUUCUUUUAUCAUUUGGAGGAGACCUUUUCAGAUGGUCCCCAAAGAACACCAGUCACUGUUCUUCUCUAAAUGCCUGCACUCUCCUCCCAUCUCAACCGAAAAGAUUUCUGGAUGCAAUAACUUUUAAUCAGGGUGAUGUAGAUAAAAUCUGCUGCCAGUUGAGUUUGAUGUGCCUUAUUCUGUUCACUGUUCCUGCUCUCAUCCCUAUGCAUGUAAAUGGAAGCCAUAUUUGAUAAUUUAUUGAAAUGCUGCUCUAUUGCAAUCCAUACGAUACAAUAUCUCUCUGUGUAGCAAUUAAAUCAAAACCCAUUUGACACUCAUUUCUAUCUUCUGCUUUGGCCUUGUUUUUGCAGUUAUGUCUGUUUUGUAAACCAGUAGUUUUGCUUCAGGAUACAGAUUUUGCAUUAGACGUAAAGUGGUGACUGUUCAAAAUUGGUCAAAUUAACGUAUCUAAAUCCAACACUACAAUUAAGUAAUUUAACUAAUUGCCAAUUUUGGACCAAAACAUAUUGUGGUCUGCACAAGUCAUCUUUAGUUUUCUAUAAAUUGGACCAUUAUUGUACCAUUUGCAGUUUGUUCCUUGUUUUUUAGAAUGAGGACAUAUAAUAUCGUUCCAGUAGUGUAACGGUAGAGCGCAUAUUUUUAACGCACACAUGCAU